GAAAGAGAAAACGAGUAGAUGCAUCGGCAAACCGAGGAAAAUUGCGAUAAAAGAGAUUUGUGGGACUGCCGAAAAUGAGUUCAGAUUCACCAUCGCAGACCCAAUCGUUGUCCUCAAUGGACCCGAAUAUCAGAAGAUACAGGACAGCUUUCACUAGGGAACAGUUGUCGAGAUUAGAGAAAGAGUUUCACAGAGAGAAUUACGUGAGCAGGCCAAGGAGGUGUGAAUUGGCCGCACAAUUACACCUGCCGGAAUCCACAAUCAAGGUUUGGUUUCAAAAUCGUCGAAUGAAAGAUAAGCGUCAAAGGAUGGCCAUGGCCUGGCCUUACGCAAUGUACACUGAUCCAGCGCUCGCGGCUACCCUCCUCGCGGCGGCGACGGCCACCUUGCCACCGCCCCCUUACCACGGGCCACCGGGCAUACCAGCGGCCCACCUGGCCCCGAGUUACCCCGCGGCCGCGGCCGCGGCCUACUACGCGGCUAGGUACACGCCGUACCCGUCCCCCGUCACGGGCACUGGCUCAUCUGCGCUGCACAGGCCCCAUCCGCGCACGGCGGCCGCUUACCCGGCGCACCCCCACAUCCUUCAACCUCACCCCUCGCUCCAACCCCUGCAUUUGUCCGGGCUGGGCGUUCCCACGGUCGGCAACACCGCCUUCCAGAUGAACAGCCCACCCUCGAACGCAUCCACCACCAACACCACGUACAGGCCGAGCUUGCACUCGGAGAUGAGCCCCGUCCAUUCGGACGCGUCGAGCGACUGCGACUGCGUCGGCUCGCAACCGCACCACCACAACGGGCAACAGCACAUGGAGCACGGGAAGAGUGCUCCCCCAUCCCCCUCCAUGGCCCACGUCGUCGUCAACCAACAAGUACCAUCCAAAGUACAGCCGACCGGGAUCGGUGUUAACGGUUUGCCGGGCAGCAUUCAAACGAUCGGUGUGUUCGAGGGGAAGAAUACGUACAGUGCUAUAAUGGCGUCCCCAACGAAGAUGGAACCACCAAAGUUAUUCCAGCCAUACAAGAACGAUAUAUCCGAGAGGGCGUAAGAACGAUUGGACGGAAGACGUGCUUCUUUUUUUUUUUUUUUCCAUAUUUUUUUUUUUUUUUUUUUUUUUUCUUCUUCCUUCUUUUCUUUUCUUUUCUUUCCUUUCCUUCUCUUCUCUCCUUUUCCCCUCUCCGGUUCGAAUAAUAACCGCAAGAGUAGGAGAAAACGACGGGGAACCGUUCCCCGUUGAAUUUUUCAAAAUAUCAAGCAAAAAAUCAAGUUCUUCAAAGCUGGUUGUGUUAAUGUGUAUAUAUAUAUAUAUAUAUGUAUAUGUACACAUAACUGUAUUGUACAUAGUCGGUGUUUAUUUAAUACAUGUCGUAUAAAAAAAAAGAAAAAUUGAUAUUGGAGUACCAAGAUAUUCGAUUUUUAAUCUGGUCGCACCGAAGGAAUUUCUUUUAUUAGAGAAAAAUAGGAAAUUAAUAAUAAAAAAAACUCGAAAAGACUGUUAACGAAGCGUUGACGAACGUUUAAUUUAAUACCGUUAAUCUGACGUAUUCAGAUUAUUUUAUAUUUUUUUAUCAUCGAUUAUUCAUAUUGAAAUUUUUUUAGGCAAAGAUACACAGAUUUAGAAUAAUUUAAUCUUUUUUAUUCUUCUUAAUCUGAUUAUAUUGAAAUUUACAUUAUUAUUAUACAUAUUAGGAACAUACUGUUGCGAACAACGUGAGAAUGUGUUUUGAAAGAAAGAACCUUUGUUGAAGAAGCCGAGAACCUUUUUUUAUUUAUAAUUCGAAUCGAAAUUGUAGUAAAUUUUGUGUGAAAGAUAAAUGGGAAUGAAUGUUGAACUGCCAAUAGGAUCGAGACUGAAUGCGAAUGUAAAUAAUAAUUAAUCGUAAAAUGAAAAUUGUACCUGUUAAUAAUUUAAUACGGUAAUACGAAAUCGGCGUCCGAAUUUUAUAUAAUUCGAAUCUGUAAUAUAUAUAUAUAUAUACAAAAGUAAGUAGUUAAAUGUUUCAAUAUAAUUAGAUGCUUAACGUUUUUUUUUUACCUCCGAUUAUUUAUACAUAAGAACGUAAGAAUUUUAAUUAAUUUAUAAUCGAUUUAUCUAUCUGAUAAACUUUUGUAGAAAGUAUUUGCGAUUAGAAGAAUACGUUGUAUCGUUAUUGUACGUAAUCCAUUCGUUAUUUAGAGCAAUAUAUAUAUAUAUGUAUAUUCAUCGCGAUCAAUCGUCUAUACACCAAAGUAUUUAUAUUCACGAUAUUGUUAAUAUUUAUAAUUAAGUAUCCGUGUUCGUUCGAAAAAUAGGC